AUGGAUUUGGUUCUUGAAAUCAAAGAAAAAGGGUUUCUUUCUCCAUCCCAACAGCCUUAUUUUCUCAUUCAGCCACCUACACCUCCUUCUUUCAGUGUUGUUCAUACAAGUGGGUUCAAUUUGAACAACAAGGUCAGUCCAAGUAUAUUGCUGAUUAUUAUAAUCCUUGCCAUUAUUUUCUUUAUUUCUGGUUUGCUUCACCUUCUUGUUAGAUUCCUAUUGAGACCUCCUAAUAGGGAUCCUGAUGAGUUAGAAAAUGUGACUGUCCUACAAGGCCAGUUGCAGCAACUCUUUCAUUUGCAUGAUUCUGGUGUUGAUCAAUCUUUUAUUGACACCCUCCCUGUAUUCAAUUACAAAGCAAUUAUAGGAGUGAAGGAUCCAUUUGAUUGUGCUGUUUGUUUGUGUGAAUUUGAGUCUGAAGAUAAGCUUAGGCUUCUACCCAAGUGCAGCCAUGCCUUCCACAUGGAGUGUAUAGAUACUUGGCUGUUAUCUCACUCCACUUGCCCUCUUUGUAGAGCAAAUCCAGUGCCUAACUCUUGCGAAAUUCAGUCAAAGGAUGACGGAAAUCAGCAAAUAGUUGUGGGUUCGGGAGGAAAACUUGUCACUGUAAAGCUUGGGAAGUUCAAGAAUGUCGAAGGUCGGGGUGAAGGUAGUAGUGAUAGUAGUGCUGAUGCAAGAAGGUGCUUCUCCAUGGGGUCUUUUGCUUAUGUAAUGGACGAAAAUUUAUCGUUGCAAGUUUCCAUUAGAACCCCUAUGAAGAAACAAUCGAGCAAGAAACCUACUUUGCCAUUGACACCAGGUCAUAGGCUAGCACUGUCUGAAUGUGGAUGUGAUUCAAGAAGAGAAUUUGGUGGUUUUGAAGAAUUUAGGAUUGAAGAUGGCAAUGAUAGUAGUAUUACCAGUAGCAAUGACAGAAAGGCCAUUGGGAAAAGCAAGAGGGAAAGCUUUUCAGUGUCAAAGAUUUGGCUUAGGGGAAAAAAGGAUAGGCCUAAUGCAGCCACAGUUGGACCAACCAUAAAUACAACAGCUAUAGAUUCACAAAUAGAUACCAAGUAA